CGGUCAUGGAUACGGCCAGCAGAAGAGGGCUUUUACACAAAAAUAUAGACCUGCUACCUGGACUAGAAUUUAAUUUUUAAAAGUUAACCUGUCAAAGGACCCAGAGCUGCUCUAAGCUUGCACCUGAAAAUCACAAGUGGAGUUGCAAUGUCUCGAUUAAAGAUCCUCCAACCGGACGACCCCAGAGGUCUCAGGUUGUGUCCCCUUGUAUCUGCAUCAGCUACAUCAGGUUUGGGAGAAGCACAGGCAGAUGUCCAGCAGAUGUUGCCAGUUAAAGAAGAGGUUCCCUCGAUCCCCAGUCUGGACCAGCAGGACAUAGGCCACAUCCACAUAAAGGAGGAGCAGGAGGAACUAUGGACUGGUCAGGAAGGAGAGCAGCUUAAUGGUCUGGGUGCUGUUACUUUGAAGACUGAAGAUGAGGAAGAGAAACCUCAAGUCUUAGAGCUUCAUCAAGAACCAGCUGAAGAUAACAAAGAGACACCGACUCCAGCCAGCUGCUCACACAAGCAGAUAAAAGGAGAACCUGGUGGAGAGCUCUGUGGAGGACCAGAACCUACCAAUACUUCAUAUCUAAACAGUCUUUUACAACCAAAUACUGAUGGAAAAGCUUCAGACUAUUUCGAGAAUGAAGUCACUGUUGAUGAGGGUGAUGAUGAUUGGCAAGAGCCUUUGUCUGGACCUGAAAGUGAAAGUAGUGAUUGGAAGGAGAGCAUGAAACAUGACUCAGGUGUAAAGAGUGAUAAUGUGGGACAUAUCUCUGCCAAACAACCGCUCAGCUGCUCUGAGUGUGGUAAACGCUUUCAGUACAAAGGGUGUCUUCAGAGACAUUAUUCAACACAUCAUUCAGGAAAAAAAACUUCCAGCUGUUUGGUUAAUAGAGUGAAGGAAAGUGUUGAAUCGCAGACAAAAGUCCACGGUGGAGAGAAACCAUUUGGCUGCAGUGUUUGUGGACAAAGAUUCAAUCAAAAUGCAAAUCUUAAGACUCACAUGAGAGUCCACACAGGGGAAAAACCGUUUACUUGUAGCAUUUGUGAAACUAGAUUUAGACAGCAGUAUAGUCUGGAUAGGCACAUGAGAAUCCACACAGGUGAAAAACCUUUUAGUUGUGGUGUGUGUAGUAAAAGAUUUUUACAACUGGGGGAUCUGAAGAGACACAGAAGUGUCCACACGGGAGAGAAGCCUUUCGAUUGUAAUGUUUGUGGUAAAAGAUUUACUCAGAGGAUUCAUUUCAAGACACAUCUGAGUGUUCACACGGGUGAGAAGCCAUUUGGUUGCGACAUUUGUGGUAAAAGAUUUAAUCGAGUGGGCAAUCUGAAGACACACAAAAGAAUCCACACAGGAGAGAAACCAUUCAGCUGUGAAUUUUGUAGUAAAAGGUUUUCACAACAAGGUGUUCUGAAGAGACACAGGAGCAUCCACACAGGGCUGAGCCCGUAUGCUUGUGAUCUUUGUGGUAAACGGUUUAAUUAUAACAAAAAUCUUAACAGGCACAUGAUAAUUCACACAGGAGACAAACCAUUUGGCUGUGACAUUUGUAAUAAAAGAUUUUUACAAUUAGGGGAUUUAAAGAGGCACAUGAGAGCACACACAGGAGAAUAAUUACUUUCAUGUUGUGGGGUUAGUGGGAAAGGAUUUAUCCUAAGAGGGAAAUGCAAAAGUUGAUUCUAUUCAUCUGGAUGUAGCGUUUUCAGUGGGAGCAACAUUUCGUCACUCAUCCAAGUGACUUCUCCAGUCUCAGCUGGCUGCAGGUUUCCCCAACCUUAUAAACAGUGCAUUUGCACAAUGACCGAAACUAGCACCACUGUGAAUCCCAAAAUACUGAAGAAGUCACUUGGAUGAGUGAUGAAAAGUUUUGUCCAGAUGAUCACAAUCAACCUUUUGAGAUUUACAUACCUGGAUGACUGAGCAUGCAUCGAGACAAGAAAAUGUGAAGAGACAACAGAGAUUGUACUGUACAGUAAUCUGAUCACAAGAUGGAAAAUGUAUAUUAAACAAUCCAUAGCUUUUGUCCCUCUGAUAAUUGCAAAUAGUAAUCAUCUGUAUCAUCUUAGUCCAACAUCAGGAAUAUGUUUUCACAUUAAUGUAACAGUAUAUAGCUUUUUUUUCUUUCACCUCCUAGGACCUGGCGUCCACAUAUGUGGACAUCACAUUUUGUAUUUAUACUCAAUUUUGCUCUAAAAAUGAAUAUCCUCAUAUGUGGCUCUUAUUUUUCUAAGAAACAAAAAUCAGGUGAAAAACAUAAUCUGGUAAUCCUCUGUUUUUACAUUCAUCGGGUCCCAAUCAGCCCAAAUAUCAAAGAGAAAUCAAAAAAGCAUGCCAUGGAAGAGUUCAGGUCUUAGAAGGUUAAAUCUGUCAUUAUGAGGCUGUUGUGUUCGUAUUUUGUAACGGUGUCAUUUUUUCUGUCUGUUAGUUUUUAAAUUUGUUCCCUGUGAAUUGCAAUUUGAUUGCUGCAACUUGUCAGGAAUUUCCCCACACUAAACCAGAUUUGGUUUACCACAUUGACACUUCAAACUUUGGUGUGGCUCAGGGAACACAGUGUUUUAGUGCCCUCUAUUGUCCAGCAGUCUGUGCAUGAUAAAUAAAAUAUUUUUAAUAGUUUUCUUUGGGUUUUUCUUUCUUUCUAUUAAUCCAGAUGAUGUGUCAUUUUUAUUUGAUUGAUGAUAAAAAGGUUGUAAUGACCUGGACCCUGAAAAGUGCACAGGAAUGAUUAUAUUGAUAAAAGAGGCUUAAGGAUUGACACCACAGACUAAACUAUGAACACUGAUCCGGGAAAAGCAGGACUGAUACGUCUGAGAGCGUUUGCAGUUAAAUUCCUCCUCUUGUGGGAUCAGUGUCUGUUUAGAAAAAAAACAGCUAUGGGUAAGAAUGAAAUGACAGAACUUGACUCUCUCUAACGGCUUGAAAACUUUACAAGAAAUACUUAACUUCAUUAAAGAAACUUUACUUCUGCAUCAACCUUUGGAAAGGUAAGACUUGUGUUGGUGAGAUUAAGCCAUGUUAACAUGGCUUUUACUAUUUAAUAUUCUCUAAAAUAGUAAAUUCAAUUUUUAGGUUAAGGUCGUAAUAUAUUCUAAUGGUUAGCACUCUGGACUCUGAAUCCAGCGAUCUGAGUUCAAUUCUCAGUGGAACCUCAUUUGGCUUUCUAGCACUUUGCUCCACAGGUACAUUAACACACGCUAGCAUCAG